UCUAUUUCUGGGAGAGGAGCCAGUCUGCAGACCGGGGACCACACGCCGCGCUGUUCCCAGCACCCAGCCCAGGUUACCAUGGCCUCCCUGUUUUCUGGCCGCAUCCUGAUCUGCAACAACAAUGACCAGGACGAGCUGGACACGGAGGCCGAGGUCAUCCGCAGGUUGGAGAACCGGCUGGUGCUGCUGUUCUUUGGCGCCGGGGCUUGUCCACAGUGCCAGGCCUUCGUGCCCAUCCUCAAGGACUUCUUCGUGCGGCUUACAGAUGAGUUCUAUGUGCUGCGGGCAGCACAACUGGCCCUGGUGUACGUGUCCCAGGACUCCACGGAGGAGCAGCAAGACCUGUUCCUCAAGGACAUGCCAAAGAAGUGGCUUUUCCUGCCCUUUGAGGAUGAACUGAGGAGGGACCUCGGGCGCCAGUUUUCCGUGGAGCGCCUGCCGGCGGUUGUGGUGCUCAAGCCGGACGGGGACGUGCUCACUCGCGACGGCGCCGACGAGAUCCAGCGCCUGGGCACCGCCUGCUUGUUGGAAAAUGGACCCAGCUCAGGAUCCUGGUGCUGCCUGAUGCUUCAUGUUCCAGCAGCCCUCUCUGGACUCCAGGAGGCACAUCUGUGA